ACACAGAAACACCGUUGCUCCCAUAGUGGAGGCAUUCGAAUGUUUACAAGUGUCAAACGAAAACAAAUCGUUCACAGUUCAGAUUUUUGAAUAUUCAGCGCAUAUACAGUGUUUGCGCAACGAACAGGUUUUGAGCUUUAUCGUUACAUCAUCGCUGCAGGACAAUGCCCUUCCUAUUCACUACUUCUAAGCUACGAAUAAAAACAACAUUUUAAAGGACAUUUCAUUGACACUUGCACUGGAACAAAGGCCAUUCAGCAGUCUAUUCCACCAAGUUCAUUCAACCGCAUGGAAGAAGGUGAAAAAAGAGCCGAGAACUUUCUGCGACGCUAUUAAACCGAUAUAAAUACGGCACAUUUGCGCAAGUUAGUUUUCAUUCUGUUUUCAACCGUUUUCGAGUGUACAUCCUCAGUUACAAAAGAUUAAAGAAGUGUUUCAAAGUGAAAAAUAAGUCAAUGCACUCCGUGAUGUUUCAUUAAUUUAAAACAAUUUGCUUGGGUCCGCCAAAAGUGCGCAUUGGACCUCAGCUCACCAGUGUGUCCAUUCGCGCCUCGCCGUGUGUGCGAUUGUCGCAUCUUUUUCUUGUUUCGUCCUCCGCUUUGUGCCGUGUGACACUCAGAACGCAAAACGAUCAGCGACGAUCCUAUUGGCCGUUAUUUUAGAGAUACCACUCGCUUACCCGCCUCUACGCGUUGACGAAGGUGUCCACAUAUAGAAUGGAUUCUGCAGCGAAAAAAAAACACAUAAACACGAUGAAGGAGCUAUCACCCGCUGCAUGGAGCUGGUCCUCUCUAAGAAAAAGUCACUGUACGCAGCAUGCAAAGCUUAUGGCAUCCCUCAGUCUACCGUUCGUUACCGACUUAGUGGCAAGUGGACCAGAAAAGCCCGGAAAGGGCCACCGACUGUUCUAACAGGAGACGAAGAACAGAAACUCGUGCAAUAUUUGAAAACGAUGGAGAAGAAAGGAUUUCCGGUAGUUAAGGAAUUACUUCUGCAUAAAGUGAAGACAUUCUUCGGAACGAAUUCUCGACCCAAUCCGUUCACGAACAAUGUCCCAGGUCGAAAAUGGCUGGAAGGAUUCCUUCGCCGGCAUCGUGAAAUCACUUUCCGCACGCCAGAAACUGUGUCUUCCGCAAAUUCUAAAGUAAAAGAGGCAGACAUUCGCGGAUGGUUCACGAACGUAGCAUCAUAUCUCGAGGAAGACAACCUUAUGUCAGCCGCAUCGGAUGCAACCCGCAUAUACAACGGCGAUGAAACGUCAUUCUACCUACACCCACAAACUAAAGCCGUGCUAGCUAGCCGUGGCAAUAAGAAUGUGUAUGAAUGCGAGCAUGCAGACGGGCACAAAAACAUAACAGUAAUGUUUACCUUCGGAGCACACGGAUCAGUUGUACCUCCAGUAGUUGUUAUUCCUAUGCAGCCCCUUUCUGUGGAAGUAUUGCAGAAGUUCCCCGGAGAGUGGGGUAUUAGCAAAAGUGCAAAGGGGUGGAUGGAUACCGCCAACUUUAUGCUAUACGUCAGGAACGUUUUCUACCCUCAUCUUCAAAGUAAAAAAGUGCAGUUCCCAGUGCUGUAUUUCGUGGAUGGUCACUCUUCACACACGACUGCGGAGGUGGCCGAUCUGUGCUUGGAUUUGGGUAUUGUGCUGAUUGCUUUAUAUCCAAACACUACGAGAAUAACUCAGCCAGCAGACGUCGCCAUUUUUAAACCAUUGAAAAGUGCCUGGAAGACUGCCGUAUCGGAGUGGCGGCUGGAAAAUGGAGGUGAAAAUAUACUGCUGAAACACUUUCCUGACGUACUGCAAAAGGCUAUGAACAAAGGAAUCAAAACGGCCAGUGUUAAGAACGGGUUCAGAGUUUGCGGAUUAUUCUCUUUUGGUCCUGAAAAUGUGGAUUACGACAAGUCAACUAGCGAAAACCCUAAUAAACCAGUAGCUCAAGAAACAGACAAGGAACUUUCCACCUUCAAUUCAGUAGAGGUCAAUCCUGAAUUGAAUGAGGAAAAAAAAGGACAAGAUGUAAUUAUUGAAGAUUCGGUUAUCAUUCCAACUUCAAUAAUCAAAACUGCUAUAGAUUGCAUUGGUAGGGAGCGCAUUAACAGCUUUAGUAGCGGUUCUGUCUUAUCUGCAGGAGGAGAAAUCAUCCGGCAGCUAUAUGAAAUGCUGUUGAUGCCUAUUGAUUCGCAGUUAUUGAGCAGUACGACUCCAGAGAUGACUGUGUCAAGUGACUACAUAUCUCUCCAGAGGAUAAUCCAACAUUUAAUGAGGAGGUAGGUAACAAUAG